AUAUUUUCUGUGGUUCAUUUAUAUUUAGGACUCUGGGAACCCCUAACAAUGAGGUCUGGCCAGAUGUUGAGUCGCUGCCAGAUUAUAAGAAUACCUUCCCAAAGUGGAAAUCUGGGAAUCUGGCCAACACUGUGAAAAACCUGGACAAGAACGGCAUUGACCUGCUCACGAAAAUGCUGAUUUAUGACCCUCCUAAGCGGAUCUCAGCACGGCAAGCAAUGACACAUCCAUACUUUGACGAUUUAGACAAAAGCACUCUUCCAGCUAGUAACCUCAAGAUAUAGACUUCAGAUCUAAAGCAAUGUAAACUUAGUCUGUUGAUACGCAAUAAUUUACCUCUUGUUCAUUUGUUUAUUGGGUGGUUUUUCUACUUUUGUGUUGUCUGUUUUUUGUAUGUCUUUUUCCUAUCCUGUUUUCAUGUUAGAUAAAACACCCGUUUGUAAAUAACAUAUAUUUUUUGUGGACCUGAAGUGGCAUAUUACAAAAAUAAACCGUUCAUAAUAAAGAGCACUUUGUAGGA